AUGAAGCUCACUGCGAAUCUCGCCCUCCUAGCCGCGCUGUUCACGCUGAUCGCCGUUCCAUCCUUGGCCAUUCCCAUACCUGCAACACCUCUAGCAAAGCCAGUCCCAGGGUGCAACAAUCCGUCGUGCAGCGCGAAAGACUCACAAUUUCAAAGGGUGAUAAAUGACCCCCCAACCCGUCCGGGAGAUCCGGGACCGAUCGGACAUUCCGAAGUCAUGGCCAAAUUCCAAUCCAUCGACGUGAGGGCGAGGGCGGACCUGCUGGGUAAAGACGCACCGCCAACAAAGACUUUUGAGGACGUGAUGAAAGAAGGUCCGACAAAGCCUCUAUCACCAAGGCGCAUAACGGAACUGCCCAAGUCUCCGAACCCAAACCAACAGUACGGAGGUCCCAGAGGCAAGGAUUGGGGUCCGAUGAUCCCUAUGCCCUACCCUGGCGCUUUUGGGCAUCCAUCCCAGAGAUUACGGGCCCGAGCGGACGCAAACGGGCUAGGUCGGGAGGAACCUCUGAAAAAGACUGCUCAGGACCCGAUCACGGAAGGAGCGAAACGUCCCCCAGCACCAGUGUCCAAGUACGCAUACAGGGAUUUAGCAUCGGGCCUGCAGCGUCAUCUUCCUAGAACGAAUCGGCCAUUGCCUGGCGAAUUGAUCAUAGCCUCCCGCCCCAACGGGGGCAACGUGGCGAAUCCAGACGGUCCUGAAAAGCUGGAUCGGCCAUUGCCUGGAGCACCCAUUAUAGCCUCCCGCCCCGACGGGGGCAACGUGGGGACUCCACCUUGA